ACAAAGAUUUUAAGAGGGUUUUAGUUUGUUACUACGAUGAACCAAAUUAUCCAUUCUAGAUCAGUGGCUACCACCGCCCUAAGAUCCAUCAGCUACCUCCGGCAAUCUUCCGCACUUUUUCACUCGCUCCCCGGCGCCACGACUACCCCGGUCCGCCACUUCAGCUCCCCCGGUCAUGCUUUCAACAGCUACCAAAUCAAGCCGCCGACGAACUGGGGGAUCCGUAUCGUGCCGGAGAAGAAGGCGUGCGUGAUUGAGCGUUUCGGCAAAUACGUCAAGACUCUGGACUCAGGGAUUCACUUCCUUGUCCCCGGCGUGGAUCGUAUCGCGUAUGUUCAUUCCCUCAAGGAGGAAGCGAUUCCGAUUGGGAACCAGACUGCGAUUACGAAGGAUAACGUCAGCAUCCACAUCGACGGUGUUCUAUACGUCAAGAUUGUGAAUCCACAUUUGGCGUCUUAUGGCGUUGAGAAUCCCAUCUACGCUGUUAUGCAGUUGGCUCAAACCACUAUGCGUAGUGAGCUUGGAAAGAUUACUCUUGACAAGACGUUUGAGGAGCGUGAUACUCUGAACGAGAAGAUUGUGGAAGCCAUUAACGUUGCUGCAAAAGAUUGGGGUCUUGAGUGCCUUCGUUAUGAGAUACGGGAUAUCAUGCCUCCUAAUGGAGUGAGGGUUGCUAUGGAAAUGCAAGCUGAAGCUGAACGUAGAAAGAGAGCUCAGAUUCUUGAGUCUGAAGGAGAACGCCAAGCUCAUAUCAACAUCGCUGAUGGUAAGAAAAGUUCUGUAAUCUUGGAAUCAGAAGCUGCAAAGAUAAACCAAGUCAACAGAGCAUCAGGUGAGGCAGAAGCAAUAAUAGCUAGAGCACAAGCAACAGCCAGGGGGCUGACCAUGGUGUCUCAAUCCCUCAAUGAAACUGGUGGAGUGGAGGCUGCGAGUAUGAGAAUUGCAGAGCAAUACAUUCAAGCUUUUGGCAACAUCGCUAAGGAGGGUACAACAAUGCUGCUUCCGAGUUCUGCUGCAAAUCCUGCUAACAUGAUCGCUCAAGCUUUGACAAUGUACAAAAGGCUCGUCCCCAAUGGUGGUAUCCAGGAAACAUCAGCAGUAGUAUCCUCUUCUAAAGCGAAAUAGAAAGACGUGUGGUAGAAGGAAGAACUAGGAAACAACUUUUGAUUAUGAUAUGAGAAACAGUUAUCUUACCUUUAUUUCUAGUCUGCAACCAGAAAACAGAUCUAAACUCUAAUUUCUGAAACGAGGUUUUUGCACCCGAUUUGAUCCUAUAAUGUUGGUUGUUUUGUUCUUUUACAACUUCACUGCAUUGCUUACCAUUAAUAAUCAAGACAACUCUUAUUUUCC